AUACAUCUUCCAGCACUGGCCUACAGAGACAGCCCAGCAAACACUUUUCGGUUCAGGUGCGGGAACGUUUGCUGGACCCCCGUUCGAACAUUCCCCCAGAGUAAUUCAGAAAUGUUUUUUUAACAUUCCUUGAACAUUCUUCAAAGGCUGCAAAACAAUUUACCUUUCAGGGGAACCUCUGGGGAAAUAUUCCGUGAAGGUUACCUCGUUGCUAGGUCUCUGCUUUAGUUUUAGCUUGGCAGGAAUUAUUAUCACUACAGCUGAUGCAUGCUGUAUUUUUCAACAAUUAUGUUUGUCUGGUCAUACACGUCCACAGUGCAGCUGCAGAUAGACGUAUGGUAAUAUAAUGAAAGUGCAGACCUGUAACCUGACACAGUCACAAAGUCCAGCUCAGAGGCAGCAAAGUGGGGAUGGGAGUCUCUGCACAGUACAAUUUGGACAGUGUCAACACAGCUCCUCCGCAGGCCAGCCGCUGUGUAACGGCGGUGUAGCGUUAAAUGACACUGCAACCGAGAAAGGGUAGUAUCUCCAAGCUAACAACGCAGUUCUGAAUAGCCAGCCAUGGGCCUCCGGGUGACCUGACAGCCGAAGUCGCCGAGGUGCCGUUCAGCUUGGAGAUGACGACCGAUUGAAUGAUGGAGAAAAGGUUGAAGUCAUUCUCUCCUGGUUUUGUGUGUCUGGUGUUAGUAUCAGUGAAGCGGGUGUGUUUGUGUCUUCAUUGUGUGAAUUUGGUAAUGCCGAUUGAUGUCCAGGCCAUACAAUGUCAAAAAGGCAAUUGGACAUUUAGCAAGACUUGACUGAGAGUAUUACUUCUUGUCUAAAACAGCUAAGUGUAUGUGCCAGUGACGUCAGCCAUGUUUUGGAAGUUUGACUUGCACACAUCUUCCCAUCUGGAGGCUUUACUGGACAAGGAAGAUGUCACGCUCACUGAGCUCAUGGAUGAGGAAGAUGUGCUGCAGGAGUGCAAGGCUCAGAACAGGAGACUUCUCCUGUUCCUGUGCCAGGACCAGUGCAUGCAGGAGCUGGUCUGUAUGAUAACGACAGAGCCCCCUACUGGUGGAGAGGAGACCAAGCGCUUCAAGUAUCCAAAUAUAGCAUGUGAGCUGUUGACAUGUGAUGUGGGAGUGAUCAAUGAUAAGCUGGGUAAUGAGGAGCCUCUGCUGGAAACUCUGUAUGCCUUCCUGGAGCAACCAUCCCCACUUAAUCCCCUCCUGGCAUCUUUCUUUAGCAAGACAAUUGGGAACCUCAUCACACGGAAGACUGAGCAGGUGAUUAGCUUCCUGCGACGGAAGGAGGGAUUCCUUUCCUUGGUCCUGAAGCAUAUUGAUACAUCAGCCAUGAUGGAUGUGCUCUUACGACUUAUCAGCUGUGUGGAGCCACCCUCUCUUCGACUCGAGACUCUUACUUGGCUGAAUGAAGAGAAGCUGGCGCAGAGACUCAUAGAGCUCAUUCACCCUGAGAGAGAUGAUGAGAGGCAGUCCAAUGCAUCUCAGACUUUGUGCGACAUCAUUCGUCUGAGCAGGGACCAGGCCAAUCAGCUCCAAGAGAUUUCACAGCCUGACCCUUUGCUGACUGUGCUGGAGUCGCAGGAGUGUGUGGAGCAGUUGUUGCAGAAUAUGUUCUCAGGAGAGAGGACUGAGAGCUGUAUUGUCAAUGGAAUUCAAGUGCUUCUCACAUUGCUGGAAAUCAGGAGGCCUGUGGUGGAUGGUGUGAUGGAUGCUCAGGGAUUUGAGAGAAGUUACACUGUUAACAGCAGCAUUUUGUUGGCCAUCGAACCACACCUGAUACACUUCCACCAGCUACUUCUGAACCCACCCAAGCGAAAUCCUAUGCUGACUACUCUGGGUGUACUGGAGGAACCACUGGGGAACACACGUCUGCACGUGGCCAGACUAGUUGCCUCUCUGCUGUAUACCAGCUCUGCUAGCCAUGCAGUCGUAGCACAGGAACUCUGCAGACUCAAUACAAUGGACCUGCUUCUGGACUUGUUCUUCAAGUACACAUGGAACAACUUCCUGCACCUCCAGGUGGAGCUUUGUGUUGCUGCCAUCCUCCGGCCCUGUGCCCAUGAAAUGAGACUUCAGCCUGGCUUGGGAUCCCAGGACAAAUUCAAGCCUCAUCAGGAUACAUCACAAGAGCAGGCUUUUACUGAGAUCCUGACUUAUGACCCUUCAGUCACCCCUGAAAACUCUGCGCAUAACUUAAUGGUGACUCAUUUGUUUCAGCACUGCCACCUUGUCCAGAGGAUUCUAGAGGCCUGGGAAGAGAAUGAUAAAAUACAAUCAGAAGGCGGUAUGAGAAGAGGGUACAUGGGACAUCUGACCAGGAUUGCCAACACAGUCGUCCACAACCUGGAGAAGGGCCCGGUUCACACACAGAUUAGUAGCCUCAUCACAGAUCUCCCAGAGGAUUGCAGAGGGCGCUGGGAAACCUUUGUGGACCAGACUCUGUCAGAGACCAAUAGGAAGAACACCAUAGACCUGAUUGGCACAGGAAACCCACGGCCUUCCUCAGAGGAUGACAUGGAGAGCCCCUUCCCUAAAGAACUGACAGUACAGCAGGCCUUUUCAGACUACCAGAUUCAGCAGAUGACAGCUAACUUUGUGGAUCAGUUUGGCUUCAAUGAUGAGGAGUUUACUGAUCACGACGACAUUGGGGCAACGUUUGACCGGAUUGCAGAGAUAAAUAUCAACAUUGAUCCAGGCCAGGACAGUGCUAAUACAGCUGUGUUUGAGGCCUGUUCCAAGGAAAGGAUUCAGCCCUUUGAUGAUGAUGAAGAGGACAUCUGGGAGGAGAAAGAGAUCAACUAUGCAACACAAACCAAGUCCCGGAACAGGUUUGGUGGCUCACAGUCAGCCAGUAAGGCCUGUGAUAGGACAGCAACCUCUGGCACAGAGGCCUCUGACACAGCAGCAGACUCGGACUCAGAAGAAGGAGAGGAGCCCAAAGAUGGCCUGGAUCCUUUCUCAAGCCAGGGCCAGACUGAGGCAACAAAGAGCACUGGCUGGAUAGCAGAUUUCGAGGAGGUGAACUCAAAGGCACCUGCAGGAGGACUGGGCUUUGCGGUGUGGGACACUCCAAUCUCCCAACAAGCUGCCACAGAUGCAGAGGAGAAAGGCUGGGCCAAGUUCGCUGACUUCCAGCCUUUCUGUUGCUCGGAAACAGGCCCUAGAUGCAGUUCUCCCGUGGACUCGGAGCUCAGCGGAUCAGAUAACACCAAACCAAACCAGAACCCAUGUGUGUGGAGCGUGUGUGUGGCAAGAAAAGCUCCACUGGUGGCGUCAGACAGCUCCUCCUCCAGCAGCUCCGAAAGCGAUGAGGAAGAAGGCAAGACAGAGUCUACAUCCAGUGAGACGGUCACCACAGAGACCAUCACCACUGGUGCUGGCAAGGAGACCAUCCGGCUCACCGUGGACGCUAAAAAUGAGAGGGCAGUCUUCACCAGAGUAUUCAGACCAGCAGCCAGACGCGAUGCGGUUAAGGCGCCAAUAGAGGGGCUGUCUGUAAAAGACAAAGGGAAAGGCAAUGAGAAAGACAGCGAAAAAGGAAAGAAACAUGGAGACUGUCCAAGCCCAACCACUGCUAGUCCAUCUAACCAGUCGGCUGCUGUCUCACAAGAGAUGCCACCCUCUGCUAAUGGACCCGCUUAACGAUGCGGUACAGCGACGUGCACACACGCUUAUCACAAGUCCAUUCAACAACACAGCCAUGCCACCUUUGCUUCCUCUUAGCUGCUCUUCAGUGUCCUUUUUGUGUCCGAAGAAUGGGAGAUCCUCAAUGUCAGACAGCCCUUAACAGUAUGUAUGUUGGAUGCCAGAAAUCUACACAUGGGCUGAUGAUGUCUUUCCUGCACCUCAUGACAUGAUUAAAUCUGAUCUGCUUCAAAGGAGAAUGUGUGCUUUUAAAGGACAUAUCAUCGUGCCAGAUCCCCAAAGCCAAAUUGUGCUACAUAUGAACUAUUCCUAGAUGUAAUUUUCCCAGUGAACGUGGGAAAGUAAAACACUUACCUGUUGUGAUGAGCAGAGCUGACACUGAGUGUCUGAGCGCCAGCUGUGGCACUUUAAUCUUAAGAAGAAAAAAAAAACCAAACACAUCAGUCUGAAAUUUGAAUCCUUUAUUAAAUUUAGCAUCAGAAUUUCAGAUUGUUUGAGCAUGUCUGCUCUCUGGGCAUUAAAUCACAGCCCAGUGAUUUUUUUUUUUUUUUUUUUUUUUUUCUAGCAAUGCAUUUGACUGUUUACACUUUAGUAAAGAAAAGAUGUAAUCAAAUGAUCAGCCAAGAUUACAAAAGCCAAGAUGCUUGCAAAGCUAGCUGCCAUUUUGUCUUCAACUUUUCAAUGUACAUGCCAGGCAGACGAUUUAAUAGUGCAAAUGUGUGAGUGACAAUAAUUAGGCUUUUUAUUUCUCCAUAUAUGCUACCUGAACAUUUCUCAGUCCAAGUAAGAUUUCUUUGCUUUCAUCAUGUGGAACAUAAAUGCUCUCUCUUUGUUGAUUUGGGAGCAUCAUGUGUCACUUGUCACUUCCUCCUCAAACGUCUGACAGAUUCAUGUAGUUUAGAGACGUGUGUGUGUGUGUGUGUGUGUGUGUGUGUGUGUGUGUGUGUGUGUGUGUGUGUGUGUGUGUGUGUGUGUGUGUGUGUGUGUGUGUGUGUGUGUGUGUGUGUGUGUGUGUGUGUGUUUUUGAGCUCUGUGUAAGGUACAGAGUGCAUUCUCAGGUCAAAGGAGAGGUAGGCAGAUACAAAGAAAGCACACCUGUGUAACACACACACACAGACAUACAGUGGCAUACACGCAUGUAUACACAAUCAUAUCUAUACACAUGCAAAAAAAACAAACCAAAAAAAAAAAAACCCCACACAAAACAGUGAUGUGCACAUACCCAUUCAUAUCACCCUCAGAGCUGUUUAAAUGUAAUAUUGUGAAAUUUGAACCUGUAUUAGGUUGUGGCUAUUCUUGGUAAUAUGUAAACGUAAUAUAAAUGUAAACAGUAUAUAUAAACAUUAUCUAUUUUUGGAAUAAAUCCAAUGUAUGGAAAGGCA